UCCAAAAUGGCUGACAAACCUGAGAAUGCUCCUCAGCAUUGCCCAGGAACCUCUAGUGAGGAUGCAGGUAAAGUUUCUGCUUGUCAAGGGUGUCCCAACCAGUCAAUAUGCGCUUCCAGUAAACCAGCUGGACCAGAUCCAGACCUUGCUAAGAUCAGAGAAAGACUAUCAUCUGUGAAGCACAAAAUUCUGGUCCUGUCUGGAAAAGGUGGUGUUGGCAAGAGCACAUUUACAUCACAUCUUGCACAUGGACUUGCAGCUGAUGAAAACAGACAGGUUGCUGUCCUUGAUAUUGAUAUUUGUGGACCUUCAAUUCCGACAGCCAUGGGUUUGCAAGGAGAACAGGUUCAUCAAAGUGGAUCAGGUUGGUCACCAGUGUAUGUAGAAGAUAACCUUGCUGUAAUGUCUGUGGGAUUCUUGCUUGAAAAGCCAUCAGAUGCUGUCAUUUGGAGAGGUCCCAAGAAGAAUGGACUUAUCAAACAAUUUUUAAAAGAUGUUGACUGGGGAGAUGUUGAUUACCUGGUCAUUGAUACACCUCCUGGAACCUCAGAUGAGCACCUGUCAAUCAUCCAAUACUUGCAGCAUACURAUAUAGAUGGUGCAGUUGUUAUUACAACACCUCAAGAAGUGUCUCUUCUUGAUGUUCGUAAGGAAAUCAGUUUUUGUAAGAAAGUCAAGCUUCCUGUAAUAGGUGUCAUCGAGAACAUGAGUGGAUUUGUGUGCCCAAAAUGCCAGAAAGAAUCUGAGAUUUUCCCAGCAACAACAGGUGGAGCAAGAAAAAUGUCUGAAGAAAUGAAAGUGCCAUUUCUUGGGAAAAUACCUCUCGACCCUAGAAUAGGCAAAUCAUGUGAUGAAGGAAAGUCAUUCCUGAGUGAAAUACCAGACUCACCAGCAGCCAAGGCAUAUAGCAAUAUCAUACAAAAUGUGAUCGAAUAUUGUUCAACCAGCUGAAACAUGACCAGUCAACUAGUAGAUCCUGUAUACUUAAUGGUGGCAUGGAAAGGGCGGCAAAAUUUGAUAUGCUCAACUUGCGGUUUGGUCGCUACACCUUGGAAAGGGCGGUAAAUUAAUUGAAUUGAUCUACAUCUGUUACCCUACAUGUUGUAUGGCUCGCUACUACAUGUAAAGGACCGUUAAAUCUACUAAAUUGAUCUAUACAUGUUUGAUAUAAUUAGCGGCAUGAUAACGCAAAGGUGAAUACGAACACAAAUUUUGUUGAGGACCAAGUUUUCAAUAAAGAACAGACAAUUCAUUUCAGAAGCGUUGCUGCCUCAUGUGGUACGAAUUUCUGUGAUAGGACAGGUUUUACCGGACAGAAUCACUUGACAAUAAAUGGCUGAAAGGUAGAAUGGACGUGGUACUAAGAACAUUAUUUGUUUUGUGAGCUGGACGUAGUCAAAUCAGGCGCCAUCUUGCAAAUAAGGGUGUUUUUUUUUGUUCAGAUAAAAGUGUAAAACGCUAAAAUGUAUUUCAAGUGUUUAUAAAAACCAUUCUAAAAUUGAACAAGUGGUCUUGAAACGCAAACACUGUAAAUGUUCCUCAGCUAUCUACACAGGCUGCACAAAGAAAGCACAUCAAAUAAAACAACAGAUAAGAAAACAACGGGAAAUGAUCUAUAAUAUUUUUUUGUGAAAUAUAAGAUUGUUCGAGAUACUAUCAUAAAUUAAACAUGCGUGGGAAGAAGGCUAAGGAGAGAAUUGAAUAAGGAAGGAAAGAAAAGAACCGAAACACAAAACCGGCAAAUGAGAGAAGGCUGGGGAGGAUAAGCAAGCAAAUAAUAACUGUUUCGCGCAAUUUAUUAGAAUCACUGCUGCUCGAAGAUUAAACGCUAUUUAUCGGAAUAAUAAAGUAUAAUAUCCAUAUUACUAAAAAUAAAUGAAUCCUCUGCGUUUACUAGUGAUAUUUUUAAUACCGAGCUUUCGGCCUAAGCGGCCAUUAUCAAGGUAGAGUACACCGCAAAAAACGGAAAGCGCGCGAGGAAACACAGCAAUACAGCGCGAGCUAAUUACAAUAGAUAAAAUGUAAAUGAAAUGGAAUGAAAUAUCACUGGUAAACGCAGAGGAUUCAUUUAUUUUUAGUAAUUGUGCCUGCGUACAAAGAAAUUCUAAAUAUCCAUAUUGUUAACAUAUAUUUCAUUUCGAGAAACAUUGAGCUGACACAUUGACGCAUCUUAGUAAUCGUACUUAUUACAUCACUAUUUAUAUAGUACCCUUCCUAAAGCAAGUGUUGUUAUUUUCCUUUCUCUGACUCUGUGUCUUUCAAUUUGUGUUUACGUAAAUCUCUGUCCAGACUUUGUUCCUCUGAUGUCCCUUGAAUACGUGCUGUGCACUGACCCAGWCAAAUCCAGUCACCAUACCUCAAAAAGUUGUAAAAUAUGGCAGGCGAGUCCGAAUUUCACCUGGUCACCAUCAGACAGCUAAGAUGCACAUAUGAAGUGAAGAAAAUACUUGGCAUACAGCUAAAUUUCAUAACUUGAUAUAGUACACUAGCAAACUUCCCAAAGCCAUUCUUUGUCGGUGUAUUCAUCACCAGAAUGUAUCCAUUAAUUUCGUGGGCUUCUCAAUAUGAUAGUAUGGUAUUAUUCUCUUCAUGCUCUUUUCCCACGCUUAUUACAUUAAACUAAACGAGAAAAGAUCCCUAUGUAACUAUAGUUACAGUCAUCAUUCUAACCCUAUCAAGUUUUAUUUCAUAAAAGCGAUAAUUUUCUUUAAAAUUGCAAUCAGGAUUUAUCAAUAACGUUGAGAAAAGUUGUCUAGGCCUUGUUUCAUAUAUUUGGUAGGGAUGUUGUGAGAAAAUGAUGCCAAAAGCUUUCUAGCUGUUCAGUCUCAUUUUUGCGUGUGCCAUUUGGUAUUUAAAUUUGCGCGUGCAUAUGUCUUUUCACACUGACGUAUCGACCAAAACGUCUGUCAAAAGUCAGAGACAACUAUUAUCAAGGUACUUAUUUUCAUUCUAACCUAUCGGAAAUGCAAUGUUAAUCACUAUAGUCAAAAUAUUUAAACUAUUAAUAUAGUGGAAAAAUUGCUUUUAUCGGGCAGCGGUUUAGAUAGCAACCUGUUUGCUCAGUUAUWUUUCUCAAAGUGGGAGUCAAUCAUGCUGGGAUUCGACAAACAGGACGCAAUUUUAAUUUGUGAAGCCUUUCUCAUGMUCUAUAGGGSRUCGAGAAAAUUUUUUCAGGUUACCAUUGAUGAAUGGCAUGAAAUUGCAUCUCCUCUUUUGAUCCUUUCACUGGACACAUUWCAUUUGCUUUGAAAAGAUAUGAAUAUUUCUUAGAAAGUGAUGAGCACAGCAUCAAUUUCCUUACAGUAUGUAAAGCGAAUUACAUUUAGCUUU